AUGUAAAUUAGAUGUGCUUAAAUCCAUCAUGAAAAUGAACAAAUAAUUGGAGUUUGUAUUAACAAAUAAUGUCAGUAUUAAAGGCUGUAUUGUAAUUUAUGCUUUCCUAAUCAUAUUCUGCAUCUUAACGAAUUGAAACCUUUUGAAGAAUUAUAAAAUUGGAUUUAAUCAAAGGUUCUCAUAAUUAAUGAUUUGUUCAAAGAAGCUUAAGAGUGCAAAUUAAUUAUUGAUAGUCUUUUCAAUUUAUUUGCACCUUACCUCAAAAUAAGUGUAGAGUAGUUUCUUGGAUUAGGUAUUAAAUAAAUUAAUUGCAUGAUUUAAAGUUUCAAUUAAAUCAAAGCUUGUGAGCAGACAUUAUUUAUCUUAAUUAAAUCUUCAUUCGAAUAAAUUAAAUCACUUGUUUACCAAAUUAAAAAAAAACUUAAGAAUUAGGCAAAUUUUAAGGAAAAUGUUAAUAUACCACCUAUACAACAACUAAAUUCAAUUAAUAUAGACUAACCAAAAUGUAUAAGUACAUUGGAACCAAAUUUAACAAAACUUAACUUUUAGAUUAUGAGUUAACAUUCAAUUAAAUAAAAUGAAAAUUGUUAAGCAAUUGCAUUCAAUAAAGAUUGUUCAAUAUUAAUAGCUGGGUCUAAUGAAGAGAUUAAAGUAUAUAAACAUUUAUAAGGGAAAUUGAAUCAAAUAUAAGUAUUAAACGAGCAUAAAUCUGAUGUUUAUACUUUAAAUUUUAUGAAUAAAACAAAUAAUUUUAUUUCUGGAAGUUGUGAUAAUUCAAUUAUAAUAUGGUAAAUGAAUUAAGAUAAUUAAUGGAAUUUAAUUUAAAAAUUAAAUGAUCAUUCAAGUAGUAUUAAUUGCUUAUUAUUAAAUAAUAAUGAUGAUAUCAUAAUAUCAGGUAGUUAUAAAGAUAUAAAAUUUUGGAUGAAAUAGAAAACAUGGUUAUGUUAAUAAACCAUAACUGUUCACACUGAUAGUGUUUUUUCAUUAAGUCUUAAUGAACAUUAAAAUUAAUUGAUUUCAUGUUCAUAAGAUAAUUUAAUAUUAAUAAUUGGAUAAUCUCAACUAAAUAAAAAAUGGAGUGUUAUAUAAAUGAUAAAAGUAGAUUAAUUUGGAUUUAGAUUAUGUUUUAUCAAUCAUAACUUAUUUGCAUUCUAACCAUAUCUUAAAGAAUAAUUAUAUAUUUAUGAAAUAGAGAGCCAUUCUCUUUAGUUUAGAAAAACCAAGGAAGUUGAAGUAAAAUGUGGGUUAAAUUUUUGUAAUUGCUUUUUUCCAUUAUAAUAUAUAAAAUCAAAGUAUCUAUUAGUGAAUAAGAAUGGUAAAUAUGUAAAUAUAAUUAUGAUGAAAUAAAAUGGUGACUUUAUCAUGCAAUAAUCUAUUGAAUUUGAUAGUUAUGAUAUUUAUGGAUAAUUAAGUAAUGAUGGAGAGUAUUUGAUAACUUGGGAUAGAGUUUCAAAGGAAAUUAAAAUAAGGAAGUGUUAAGAAUUAUGA